UAUAAAAUCUAUAGUGACAUACUCACAGGAAUAAUGAGGAGAGAUAUUUGUUUUUGAUGAUUGCGGUGCUGGCUGUUCACCAGUUCUCCACUCCCCAGUAGCGUAACGAGUAAGGACCAACCACCAUUACACACACUUUCUCUCUCUCUUUCCUUCCAUGGAACCCAAAUCUCCAUGAUCUCCUCUCCCACCACGCUCAUCUUCCUUUCUUUGUCUCUUUCUUUAAUACAGUAGUUUAUUGGUCGGUUCUGUUGAGUUGGUUUGCAAAACAGGAAAAGGGUUUCUUUCUGCAAUUGGCGUGUCUUCUACGGUCCCAAAAACUCUGCCGGAGAAUCUUCUUGUUUCCUACAUAUUCGAAUACCUUUUUCCUCUUUAUUUGCUGGAUUUUAACAAUUUUCUGUGUAGCGACAAAAACAACGAAGUUGGAGAAAGAUUUGUUUUUUUUUUUAUCUAAGGGAAGGUUAAAUGGCUACGCUUUCCGAUAUUGGUCUUGCAGCUGCCUUGAACAUCUUGAGUGCGGUUAUUUUCCUUGUGGCGUUUGCUAUUUUGAGGCUUCAGCCUUUUAAUGAUAGGGUGUACUUUCCAAAAUGGUACCUCAAGGGUUUAAGAACAGACCCUGUGCACGGAGGAGCGUAUAUGCGCAAGUUUGUCAACUUAGAUUGGAGGUCAUAUAUCAGGUUUUUGAAUUGGAUGCCGGCUGCACUUCGAAUGCCUGAGCCUGAGCUUAUUGACCAUGCUGGAUUGGACUCUGUUGUUUACUUGAGGAUUUACUUGAUAGGGCUUAAAAUCUUUGUUCCUAUAGCAUUCCUGGCAUGGGCAGUUCUGGUUCCUGUCAACUGGACAAGUACUGGGCUUGAAGGAGCUGGGCUGAAAAACAUAACUUCUAGUGACAUUGAUAAAAUCUCCGUUUCAAAUGUCCAGCGUGGAUCUGAAAGGUAUUGGGCACACAUAGUAGUUGCUUAUGCAUUUACUUUCUGGACAUGCUAUAUUUUGCUGAAGGAGUAUGAAAAGGUCACCUCAAUGAGAUUGGAAUUUCUGGCCACACAAAAACGCCGCCCUGAUCAAUUUUCGGUGCUUGUUAGAAACAUUCCACCAGAUCCUGAUGAAUCUGUUAGUGAGCUUGUGGAGCACUUUUUUCUGGUCAAUCAUCCGGAAAACUAUCUUACUCACCAGGUCGUUUACAAGGCAAAUACACUGGCUAAGUUGGUUAAGAAGAAGAGUAAGUUGCAGAAUUGGCUCGUCUAUUAUCAAAAUAAAUUUGAAAGGACUUCAAAAAGACCUGAAACAAAGACUGGUUUCCUUGGUUUUCGUGGAAAAAAAGUCGAUGCUAUUGAUUAUUACACCACUGAAAUCGACAAGCUGUCUGAAGAAAUAGCUUUAGAGAGGGAUAAGGUCACUCAUGAUCCCAAGUUUGUCAUGCCUGCUGCAUUUGUUUCCUUUAAAUCGCGAUGGGGUGCUGCAGUUUGUGCGCAAACUCAACAAACCAGAAAUCCAACACUUUGGUUGACUGAAUGGGCUCCAGAGCCACGCGAUAUCUAUUGGCCAAACUUGUCAAUUCCAUAUGUUUCCCUUACUAUUAGAAGGUUGAUCAUGGCUGUUGCAUUCUUUUUUCUCACCUUCUUUUUUAUGAUCCCCAUCGCAUUCGUACAAACUCUUGCAAGUCUUGAUGGACUCGAGAAAAAAGCACCAUGGUUGGAGCCGCUUCUUAAAAUGAAAUUCAUUAAGUCAUUUGUUCAAGGUUUUCUACCUGGUAUUGUAUUGAAGCUUUUUCUCAUCUUUCUGCCAACAAUACUGAUGAUCAUGUCAAAAUUCGAAGGCUUUGGAUCUAUAUCAUCUCUGGAGAGAAGAUCAGCUUCUAGAUAUUAUCUUUUUAAUUUUGUGAAUAUAUUUCUUGGGAACAUACUUGCUGGGUCAGCAUUUCAACAGCUGGACACUUUCAUUCAUGAAUCAGCCAAUCGAUAUCCCAUAAUAAUAGGCUCUGCAAUUCCUAUAAAGGCUAGCUUCUUCAUUACGUACAUUAUGGUUGACGGAUGGGCUGGUAUAGCUGCAGAGGUUUUGAUGUUGAAACCACUAAUCAUAUAUCACUUGAAGAAUUUCUUCUUGGUGAAGACAGAAAAAGACAGGGAAGAGGCCAUGGAUCCUGGUAGUAUUGGUUUCAACACUGGAGAACCUCGUAUACAAUUGUACUUUUUGCUGGGUCUAGUCUAUGCUGCAGUGACACCCACUGUUCUUCCUUUUAUCAUAAUAUUCUUUGGGUUGGCCUAUGUUGUGUUCCGUCAUCAGAUAAUCAAUGUUUAUAAUCAACAGUAUGAAAGUGGUGCAGCAUUCUGGCCUGAUGUUAAUUUUCGUGUUGUUAUGGCACUGAUAGUCUCCCAGAUAGUUCUGAUGGGACUCUUGACCACCAGAAAGGCUGCUUCAUCAACUCCAUUUCUCAUUGUGCUCCCAAUCCUGACCAUAUGGUUUCAUAGAUACUGCAAAGGCCGUUUUGAAUCUGCAUUUGUUAAAUUUCCCUUGCAGGAAGCAAUGAUGAAAGAUACGUUAGAACGAGCUACAGAACCUAACCUGAACUUGAAAGGUUACCUUCAGAAUGCCUAUGUCCAUCCAGUAUUUAAGGCUAGCAUGGAGGAUGAGGAGGAGGAUGAUGUAAUGAGUCAUAAGUGGGAUAGUGAGAGUGUUACUGUGCCCACAAAACGCCAAUCACAAAGGAACACACCAUUGCCCAGCAAAGUUAGUGGUGCAUCAUCUCCAUCUCUGCCUGAUAUUCGACAUAAUCCAGAGCCAUAAAUUAUGGACCCAGUGAAUGAUAUGUAUAGACUCAAAAGCUGGUUUUGUUUGGACUUUUGUGUGUUUGGUUUGCCGUUCACACACGUUAUGGGACAGUUUCAACUUGAGCAGAAGUGAAAGGAACUCAUCGCCUCUGUUAGCUUGAACUUGCUUUUAAGUUGAUCUCAACUUGAAUCCAAACGGAUGAGAUUCACACUCCAUGCAGAGAUUGUAAGGAAGAUAUUCUUUCGUAAUAUUUCGGAUUUUUUAACUGUAAAUUUGUUUCCUUACACGCCUUUUAAAUAUGUAGCACCAAGCACGGAGAGGAUUUGCAUUCCACUGUAAAUUAUCCAAAAAUUGAUCAUGAUUUUAGGUCGUGUGUAUAUUUUUAUCUCUUUUGACGUUAGUGAAUGGUGUAGGAGUAGUUAGUUAUAA